GCCGCGGGUCAGCGUUUCCGCGCAUGCGCGUUUAGUCAGGCGAGGCUGAGCUGUCUCUGGUGGGCUCGCCUUCACCGUUCGUGGUCCCAGUGUCGCUUUUGUGUAGAGGCGGCUUGGGCUGUGGCGGCAGUGGCGGCGGAGUUGACACAGACGAGACCCUCAGUGACAGAAUUGCAAUCAUGUCUGACAAAAGUGAGCUGAAGGCAGAGUUGGAACGUAAGAAACAACGCUUAGCUCAAAUUAGAGAGGAGAAGAAAAGAAAGGAGGAGGAAAGAAAGAAAAAGGAGACUGAUCAAAAGAAAGAAUCUCUUCCUGCACAAGAUGAGUCUGACCUUGAAAAGAAAAGACGAGAAGCUGAAGCCUUGCUUCAAAGCAUGGGGUUGACACCAGAUGCUCCUAUGGCUGUUCAACCUCUACGACUAGUAACAGCGGAUACCUGUCUGUUUCACUAUUUAGUCCCCCCUCCUAUGUCUCCAUCUUCGAAAUCUGUGAGCACUCCAAGUGAAGCUGGAAGCCAGGAUUCCGGUGAUGGUGCUGUUGGUUCUAGGACGCUGCAUUGGGAUACUGAUCCAUCAGUUCUACAGCUCCACUCAGAUUCUGAUAUGGGACGUGGACCCAUUAAACUUGCAAUGUCCAAAAUUACACAGGUUGACUUUCCUCCUCGAGAAAUGGUUACAUAUACAAAGGAGACCCAAACUCCAAUUAUGGCUCAGCCUAAGGAAGAUGAGGAUGAUGAAGAUGAUGUAGUGGUACAAAAGCCACCGGUCGAACCUGAAGAAGAAAAAACUUUGAAAAAAGAGGAGGAAGAAGAAGCUGCCCCUCAUGAACUGACAGAAGAAGAAAAGCAACAAAUUUUGCAUUCUGAAGAAUUUUUGAGCUUCUUUGACCAUUCUACCAGGAUUGUAGAAAGAGCUCUUUCUGAGCAAAUUAACAUUUUCUUUGACUACAGUGGGCGAGACUUAGAAGAGAAAGAAGGAGAAAUUCAGGCAGGUGCUAAGCUGUCCUUAAACAGGCAGUUUUUUGAUGAGCGCUGGUCAAAGCAUCGUGUUGUUAGUUGCUUGGAUUGGUCAUCUCAGUACCCGGAGUUGCUAGUGGCAUCCUACAAUAACAAUGAAGAUGCCCCUCAUGAACCUGAUGGCGUGGCCCUUGUGUGGAAUAUGAAAUACAAAAAAACAACUCCAGAAUAUGUCUUUCACUGCCAGUCAGCUGUGAUGUCUGCUACAUUUGCAAAAUUUCAUCCAAAUUUGGUUGUUGGUGGCACAUACUCAGGACAGAUUGUGCUAUGGGAUAACCGCAGCAACAAGCGAACCCCAGUUCAGAGAACUCCCCUUUCAGCUGCUGCUCACACGCAUCCUGUGUACUGUGUGAAUGUGGUGGGGACACAGAAUGCCCAUAACCUUAUCAGCAUCUCAACUGAUGGAAAAAUCUGUUCAUGGAGUCUGGAUAUGCUUUCACAGCCACAGGAUAGCAUGGAGCUAGUUCAUAAGCAAUCCAAGGCUGUAGCUGUCACUUGUAUGUCUUUCCCCGUUGGAGAUGUGAACAACUUUGUUGUGGGAAGUGAGGAAGGCUCCGUGUACACAGCAUGUCGCCACGGCAGCAAAGCUGGAAUCAGUGAGAUGUUUGAGGGUCACCAAGGGCCAAUCACUGGGAUCAAUUGCCAUGCAGCCGUUGGACCCGUGGACUUUUCCCAUCUUUUUGUUACUUCUUCUUUUGAUUGGACCGUAAAGCUUUGGACAACUAAGAACAAUAAGCCUCUGUACUCCUUUGAAGACAACUCUGACUAUGUCUAUGAUGUGAUGUGGUCCCCCACGCACCCUGCCCUUUUUGCCUGUGUGGAUGGAAUGGGAAGGCUUGACUUGUGGAAUCUCAACAAUGAUACUGAGGUGCCAACAGCAAGUAUUACUGUGGAAGGUAAUCCUGCCCUUAAUCGUGUAAGAUGGACAAACUCAGGCCGUGAGAUUGCUGUGGGAGACUCAGAAGGACAAAUAGUAAUUUACGAUGUUGGGGAGCAAAUUGCUGUUCCACGUAGUGAUGAAUGGACACGGUUUGGUCGGACAUUGGCAGAGAUUAAUGCAAACAGAGCGGAUGCAGAAGAGGAAGCAGCAACCCGAAUUCCUUCUUAGGUCUUUAAGAUGUGGUCUAGCAGUUAUUUGGAAAUGGGUUGAAGAGGGCUUGAGAGUAGUAGUAUGUAUUAAUUGGCAACAGAACUUGAAGAUGUGGAAAAAACUGUGGCUCUGGCAAAUGUAUGAAGAUCACCGAGACAGAUCUUGCAAAAGUUGCUUUCUCUAGCUAAAUCACAUUCUUAAUACGAUCAUUGUAAUUUAUUAUUUACUCUGACUUGGCAAGGAGUAUAUUGAAACACUAACCACAUAAUAUACAGUUACUUAGGUUGUCCAACUUGCAGCAGCAUAUAACAAUUUCUAAACAAUUAAGUUAUAUAAGUUUCUGAAUGGGAUCCUUCCCCAAUUGCAUUUGAUAGACUAUGAACAGCUGAGAGAAGAGGGGAACUGAUAUAGAAAAACUUAGAUUUGUGCAUGCAUCUGUUCACAGUAACCUUUAUCCUAAUUAUUACACAAUAGGCUCCAGGCUACAGUGGUGGGUCAUGUAUAUGAAUACACACUCUGUAAACCCCCUUUUUUAAAGCAGCAGAAACUUUCUAAAACACUUGCUUCCAUUUUUUUUUGUUAAAUCUGUGCAGUAUGGUACUAAUUCUUUAUAAAUAAACAGUACAUGACCUUUUCUCACAA